AGUAUAUAAGGGCUGAGGCUGAAACACAUGUGUGCGUGUCACGCGAUAUGUUUACGGGCUGAUGCAGUCAGAUUUACCCCGGAGCGUCAGUUUACAGAAGUCGAUGAUGAUUAGGAUGCAGACAAAAACAAAUCUAUAUCGAGACUCACAGCUGUCAACCACGGAUGUCUAAACAGGUGGCGACUCUGGAGAAUAUACUUACCGCUUUGCCUACGAGCCAUAAUCUGCUGACGACGGCUUUUGCUGCCCAGCGUGCAGAAGUGCGCCGAAGACUGCAACGAAAACUGUAACGUGAUUGGCUUGCAGUUUUCAAAAUUAGUAAAUCACCCUUCCGUUUGAUCCAUCUGCUGCCGGACGCCAUCGGAGACCUGACGCGGAAAAAAACGAAGUUAAGCUCGUGAGUUCGGUCCGGGAGGAUGUGCAGGUGCGCUGCUCUCAUCUGGAUUUAGUUCAGUCUGGGACUUCCUUUGAGCUUGGGCACGAUUUUUUAAACGGAAUGUUUCCCGAAAUAAAUAAGUCUUCAAGGCCCGGUGCGUUCCCUCACCCGCAGAGAGAGCGUCCGCUACUGGGGACCAACCGGCCCUAUCCACAGAGGUUGCCACAGCUGGACGUGCCCGUCAAGCAGAUGGUGGCUCGGAUCCAGUUGCAGCACCAGUCCGAGGGCACCAUGCCCCAAAUCAGCCACAAAGGACCGAGGAACGGCUGCCAGCAGGGCCGGCAGAGAAAUUCCCAGUGUCCCGUACGCCUGACUGCAGCUGUCACUGGCAAAGGCAUCUCCAACAAGUGUGAUAAAGAGAGGUUCUUUGAAGGACAAAGGCUCCCCAUGUCACCCACAGAGGCUCUGAAGAACUUCCAUGCCCGGCUGACGGAGUUUGAGCAGGAAGAAAUCAUGGACUAUUCCGAGAUCUGGUACUUGGGCCUGGAGACCAAAAAGAUUGCUGGCUCUCAAGGAGCAGGACAGAACUCCGGCUACGAUGACGAGCAAGGGAACUACAUAAAGGUCUUACACGACCACAUCAGCUACCGCUUUGAGAUCCUGGAGGUCAUCGGGAAGGGAUCAUUUGGGCAAGUCCUGAAAUGCCUGGAUCACAAGAACAACGAGCUGGUGGCCAUCAAAAUCAUCCGCAACAAGAAGAGGUUCCAUCAUCAAGCACUGGUGGAGCUGAAGAUCUUGGAGGCGAUACGGAGGAGAGACCGAGACGGCUACCACAACGUCAUCCACAUGAAGGAGCACUUCUACUUCCGCAACCACCUCUGCAUCUCCUUUGAGCUGCUAGGGCUCAACCUCUACGAGGUGAUCAAGAAGAACAACUUCCAGGGCUUCAGCCUGGCACUGAUUCGCCGCCUCGCUCACUCCAUCCUCAAGUGCCUGCAGAUGCUGCACAGGGAGAAGAUCAUCCACUGCGACCUCAAGCCGGAGAACAUCUUGCUGACACAGAAGGGACAGUGGAAUAUCAAGGUCGUCGACUUCGGCUCCAGCUGCUAUGAACAGCAGAGAGUGUACACCUACAUCCAGAGCCGCUUCUACCGCUCCCCGGAGGUGAUCCUGGGGCAUCCCUACAGCAUGGCCAUCGACAUGUGGAGCCUGGGCUGCAUCCUAGCUGAGCUCUAUACCGGUUACCCACUCUUCCCGGGGGAGAGCGAGGUGGACCAGAUGGCCUGCAUCAUGGAGAUAUUGGGAACGCCGCCAGAUGACUUUGUCCAAACAGCAUCCAGAAGAAAGUUAUUUUUCGAUUCUCAAGGCAACCCCAGGAACCUGACAACCAGCAAAGGCAAACUGAGGACGCCCAGCUCCAAAGACCUCGGCACCCUGCUGAAGACCAAUGACGUGCUUUUCCUGGACUUCCUCAAAGGCUGCCUCAUGUGGGACCCGGCGACACGCAUGAGCCCUGCCGAGGCCUUGCAGCACGACUGGAUUCUGGAGGGCCGGAUCAACCGGUCACGCAUCAGGCACCGGCCUCUGAGAUAUCAUCAUGUGAGCCAAGUCAACUCGGAAAUCAGAAACCAGCAUGUUCCCACCAAAGUAGCCAAUAAUAGGACAGCAGAAAAGGAAGACUCAAAUGGCUCGGACAAGGUCAGGGGUCAGAGCGAAGGACAGGGAGGCAGUACAGGGAGUGACGAGCGUCUGGGUCCGGCUGGGGAGUCGGUGGUGGGGGACACCAGCGGGAGCGAUGCUGGCAGCUCGGUGGAGAUGGCAACCCAGCAGGUGAUGGGGGAGAGACCGGUCCACAUCUUCAUCGAGCCCAAGUCAGAGCCCGAUACAGACAGCGAGAGCCAGGGGCAGUCCUCUGACCCCUCCCCUGUGGUAUAACAGCCAGGGCAGGGGGGUCUUACGUGUGUGCGGGGCACAUAAUCUGUCAGAGCUGGUCACCUGACUCCUAGGUCAUAAGGUCAGCGACGCCCUCUGCAGGAGACAUGGUUCAUGUGUCACUGAGAUCUGCAGAGCGACGGGAGUUAGUGGCAACAGCAACAUGCAGGUUAACUCAUGACAGAUUAACCGUUAUGCUUUUGUGUGGAGGCACUGUGCUCGCCGUCCGUGUUUCCGUUUUUUAAUUAAUAGCUGAAGCCAAACUAGAUUGCUAGGAAAACUGUAGCAGCUGCCUGACCCUAGUUAUGGGUACCAUGCAUAUGCUUUGCUCUAAGCCUGGGAAGCCUCAGAGAACGGCGUGGAGCCUGACAGUGGGUGCUGACAGGCCACAACGCUCCUCUCAGGAUCUGUGGGACUGCUGGACACCUUCAUCCGGAUUGAGGUCCGAGGUCACCAAACUCUCCGAGCCCCCGCACAGCGUAUUGAUUAUACAGGAGUGUUUAGUGAUGCAGAGAAUUUCCAGUCGUCCCAUAAUUGCGAGUUUUCUGUUGGAUUGAUAUUCCUUCAUUGCAGAAGCACAAACACACAUUCUUUGUUCUGUGCCUUCCAUCAGUAUUUUUUUUUUCUCGAAAAUGUGAAUCUGCGUCAUUCAGCAAGGUUUGAAGAGCAGAGGCUGGAUACCUACUAAAAUCUGAUGAUAAAUUCAAUCAUGGUCAACAUUGUUAUUUUAUCUGUGUCCCACAUAUGGGAAAUUAGAGUAUAUUUUUUAGUAUUUAUUUCUGAUCACUGGCUUCUGUUUCAUAGUUGUUUAGAAUUAUAAUACUUACUAUGUCAUGUGUUUAUAUAUUUUAUUGUUAAAAUUAAUGAGUUAGCAGUGAUUCAAUAUUGUAAGAUUUUAGAUAUUUUAAAAAAACCUUUUUAUAUGUUUUUUGCUUCAUUUUUGUACUCCACGCAAAUAAUAACGUACAUAUGCUAUAGAGAGGUGAACAGGUUUUACUUGUUCACCAAUAAUAAUGUAUAGGUUAUAAAUGAUCCUUUAAUGAUCUUUUGUUUUUGAUGUAAUCUGUUACCUGCUGAAGCUGGGUCUUUUGCUGUAAUAAGUAGCUUUUAUUUGCUUUUAUAUUCACGCUGUUGAUGGGGGGAACUCAGCGGGAAAGUGAUGGGCAGGUGGCCUGUGCCUUUCAGUAUUCAGAGUCCUUGCAUUUUAUACCGUACACCCCCGGCAUAUGUGAACUGGACACUCAGCACUUUUUCCAAGCCAGCGAAAUGGUCUAAAUAGCCGCAGACUCUGGGUCAGCGGUCAGCCUCACCGUCAAAGCUACUGAACCUUCCCUUGUAGUAUAAGCGCGCUUUGGAACGCUACACGAUUACAAAGUUACAAAAUGGCAAAGCUCUGGAGAGUUACAAAAUGGCAACCCAACCAGUGCCGUAGAAUAUUUCUUUAUCUCUUCGGAAUGUAGGAUGUAUGGAAUUUUAUUCUGAUGAACAAAUCUAAAUCACUGAAUAUUAAUCAUCCAAAGUUAUUGCGAUAUUGAAAUGAAAAUUGAAUUAUGUAUGAAUUAAACAAGUAUAUUUACCUAAAUAAAAAGCUCUUAUAUGGUGCAAUGUACUGUUAAUGCACAACAUAUGAAUGUCUUUUAUAUGUGUAAUAAAAUCAUUAAUAAAACUUA